CGGUCACGUAAACAGAAUUUCGCGCUUCGAGGGUAUUUUUAUAUCUCUGAAAUUGUUUACAAGUUAAAUAGUUACCGAUUUUACCAAAAUGCCCUUCUAGUGAUGAGAUUUAUUUAUCGGAGAUGAGAAAUUUAAAAAAUAUUACUCCUCUUUAAUAUUUCUCAUUUUCUAUUCUUUAAUGCCUAUUUUAAAAAUCCAAAUUUUUUAUUUAAUAAAAUAGACUAAGCCUUUAGCAAAUAAAUGGGUCAAAAUCGUUCGGGCCUAAUACGACCAAAAUCCUAUUAGAACUUAGUCUUAUCGAUUUAAACUGAUUGAAUCAGAUCAAAACUAGCUUCUAUCCAUUUACAUGGGUCGGAUGUUUAAGUUUAUUCUAAAACACUAAACAUCUAUUGUAUAUCAUAAUCUUUUGACAAAAGGGAAGUAUUGAAGAUGUGCGUGGACAAAUACUAGACGUUGAUUAGUUAUCUUAUAGGCAUAUUUUGAUAAUAACGUGGGUUCACUCGAGGAUGGUAAUAGGUCCGACAAGGAUCCUUAUACCUAUAUACGUGUUUAUCACCCUCCGCCACUUCGUGUCUUCUUCUUGAACUGCCACACACCCAUGCGAAGCUGGCCAGCCCCUCUAUUUUCUAUUAAAUCCUUUUGUCUCAUACCCAUCUUCUACGUUUCUCUCUGUCAGGAGUAUCAUCGGCUGUCAUCAUGGAGUCCCAGCAAACGGCGCCUCAUCGCCACCACGCCCACCACCAUGACCCUCACAACGUCGCACUUCACCGAAGCGUGGAAGGGGAAGAAGAUGGGCAGCAUCAUGAGAAGAAAUCAGUGCUGAAGAAAGUUAAGGCAAAGGCUAAGAAGAUUAAGGACACGAUCACUAAGCAUGGACAUGGCCACGAUCACCAUGAGCCCGAGGAUCACGAAGAAGAAGAAGGUGGAGGAGCUGUGGUGGAUCCUGAACUUCAAGGGGCACCAUUGUAUGAAGGCGCUGCAAUGAGGAGCGCUAUGGCCGGAAAAGGGCAGCAACAAGAUGUCGGAAUUGGAUUGCCGACGGAGGUGCACGAUCAGCCUCCUCCGGCUCCAAGAGAAACGGCAAGCCGUCCCUCUGCUGUUGAGCCAAACACGACCAUGUCCUUGUCCCCAUGGAGGUUGGAGGAGGGUCCUCAGGCGCCUAAAGACAAAGCUCCAUACCCUCACACUCCUCAUAAUUCCGAGGUCAAAGCUUUGGAUCCAACAAAAAGAGGGAACGAAGAAACAGGGGAUUCUCAGACAUUCGAUUCAUUUGCAAGAAUGAAGCUCAACAACGAAGACGUACAGACCCGUCCCGGCUUAGCUAGUGGGAUAGACGAAGGAAAUCAGAGAAGCUCCGGGGAAAAGAUCUCAGGCGUGGGUUCAUCCAUGCGGAGUAAAGCAGAGGAAAACACAGACACCAACUCUUCUUCGCCAUUGGAGUAUGGAAGGAAGAUAGCUUUAGCAGUGACAGAGAAGCUGAAGCCAGGGGAGGAAGACAAAGCACUUUCAGAGGUGAUAUCGGAGGCUUACAACACAAGUAAAGAGAAGGUAGUGAAAGCUGGAGAAAAUCAGCCCAAAGGAAAGGUAACAGAGUCCGAGGAGUUGACUCAGCGACUCGGGAGAGAGGAUAAUAAUGAAGGAACACAGAGAUACUCCCCAGCAACCUCCACCACUGCAGCGACGGUAAAGAAUAUGGCGGAUAUGGUGAGGGACAGUGUGGGGUCGUGGAUGGGGAAAGGUGGAGAUCCUAAUACUUCAUAAGGUGAAUCAAAAUAUAAAAUCAAGCUUGGUUCUGAUUUGUUUUUAUUAGUUAUUUACUUUGUGAGGAUUGAAGCAGGGGUUGAAGGAUUUACAGAUUCUCCAGCGGCGGGAGAGGAGGCGGAGUAGUCCGGCGAUUAACCGAGAUCAGUAGAGAUUUCGAUGUUUUUAAGAGAAAUACAUAUGUAUGUAUAUAUAUAUAUAUAUAUAUGGAAAAUAAAAAUUGAAAGAAAGAGUAAAGGAAUUGUGUA